CAUGUGAAACCCCCUGCAAAACUUUUUUAUCAGGCUACUUCAAUAACCGGCUUUUAAAUGUGCAUCUCUUCUGGAUGAUAUUUUGUACUUGUCUUGGAUUGUUUUUCUCUUUCCAAUACUUUGGCUGACAGGGCUUUAUAUGGACUGAAAUGGUGCAAUGCUCCAUAGGACAGUGCCACGUAUAUUUUGGAUGUGUUGGAUACUGCUUUUCUGUCUGUUAAUAUGGGGUGUUGAGUGUGCCAGUGCACAGAGCUGUCAUGAAGUUAAAACUGCUUUCCAGCUGCGCCAAGUCGGUCCAUUGAAAUGGGUUCCAGAGACAGCAGAAACAGAUGCAGAUCUACUCAUCUGCAAGCACCAAGGUCCCACCUGCUGCACUCGCAAGAUGGAAGAGAGCUACUAUGCAGCCGCCAAGAGAGACACACUCCAAGACAUUUUCUCCUAUAGCUUAGAACUCAAAUUUCUCAUCCUGGGCCAUGCUUCUUCCCUCCAGGAUACCUUCCAGUCCCUACUCUCCUUUACUUUAAAUCAGACAUACUCCCUCUUCGACAGCGCCUACCAGCCAAUCUCUCAAGAUGCGAGACCAAUAGUGUCUACCCUAUUCUCUGAGCUUGGCUUCUACCUCCGUGGCGACGCCAACAUCUCCGUGGAACACUCUGUCAAUAGUUUCUUUGACAAACUCUUCCCGUUGGUCUAUCAAAACCUGGUCAAUCCUGGCUUGGGUUCCCCUGUAUCUAUCUGGUCUUCCGAAGGAAGCGAGUGCUUGCGUGCUACUCGGCACGACGUCAACCCCUUCGGCUCUCAUCCACAAGCCCUUUUCCAGGAGCUGUCUAGGGCACUAUCUACAGGUCGUGCCCUCAGUUGGGCACUGGUGAUGGGCGGGGAGGUGCUCAACACCACAGAGUUGAUGGUGUUGGCGCACCAAUGUGGACGCGCACUGGUACGGAUGCAGUUUUGCCCACAUUGCCGUGGGCUGACGCUGAUCCGACCAUGUAGAGGACUGUGUCUCAACGUAAUGCGGGGCUGCCUAGCGGGUCUUGCUGAGUUAGAUGGACCCUGGCGACGCUAUGUAGCAUUUCUGGAGGGGCUUAGCAGGACGCAAGCAGGAGGUUACGAGCUAGAGCUGGCACUUCUACACAUCCGGGAGAGGAUAAAUGAUGCCAUCCUUACAGCACAACUGCAGGGGCCACAUCUCAGUGCUGUGGUGGAUAAAGUUUGCGGUUCUUUGACUGAGUCGGUUUCCUCCACUCCAAUCAUUUCCACCUUAAGGAGUCCGCUUCAUUUAGUGAACCAAACUGUACAACUCCAAACCUCAGUCACGUCUUCCAGUCCUACAACACUUGAUACAGACAACCAACAUGAGCACAUUACACUCAGAAGAAGGUCUUUGCCUCUGAAGCCAUCCAAAAAUGGCAAACAUAGAAGCCUGAAAAAGAUUUCAAAGGAGUUUAUGGGCUACAUCCAGCGGUACAAAACAUUCUUCUCCAACCUGCCAGAGAUGCUGUGCGAGGGAGCAGUGGUGAUGGAUGAAAACACCUGCUGGAGCGGAGAAGACGUGGUUGAGAGCUAUGCAGGCCACGUGGUGGGGAAUGGACUGCAAGCCCAGAUACAUAACCCAGAGAUAAAAGUCAGAAUUGCUGAUCCAGUUCUUGUAGUAGUGAAGAAAAGACUUGAGCACUUUAACCAGGAGCUGUGGGGUGAGACAGGUUUGGCAACAGAUGGCCAUGAAGAAGCUGAGAUGGGCAGCGGCGACACAGCAGAAGGUAGCGGCGAGUGCGACGAUGAAGAUGGCUGUCAAGGAUCGGGACACCGCGAAGGCGAAACAGUGGACAUUCAGAAGAAAAUCAGAAUACCAUGGCGCGCUAUAACCCCAACCAAACCCAGAGCCAAACCAGAAGUGAAUGUCAAAGGAGCCGCCUGCAAACCGACCAUCUUACCAAUCCUGGUCCUCCCUCUCUUAUUCAUAAUACUCCUUCUCCUGUCACCCGAAGCCAUCUGAUGCUCACAGUCCAGAGCAAAGAACAGGACUAACAGGAAUAGAAGAUACUCAAGCAUGCAUUUGCACUAGUCCCCUUAGAAGUGUGCACAUUCGUCUCAUGCUGUGGUUAAUCUCAGCUGAUCUCCUCAAAUGCUCAGUAUGUUCUUAAGUUAGCCCCAAAGGAUGCGACCAUUAUUCGUUAUAUUUACACUGUUUGCUCUGUCCUGUUGUAAAGGGUUUUACAGUAUAUAGCUACUAAGUAUUGUAGUCGAAAGAGGACACAAGUUUGUCUGAGAGUACUUAGAAUACUCGACAUCCACUGUCAUUUGUUGGUGGUUUACUUGAAUAUUAUAGUCCCUCAAUUUCAAAUAUUCUCAUGUUCAACUAUUUUUUUCAGCAGUCUUGGUUCUGCAAUUAUUUUCCCCAUUCAUUAUUUCCUUAGGAAUUUCAGAAAGCUUCAAAUAAAGAGUUCUCAAGCUUGAAGUUGAACCAAACCAACCAGAUCUAAAAUCAAUCACAUUAUUACAACAUUUGAUUUGAAGCAAAAAGUUGGAAUCUGAAAAAAGAUAAAGGUACAGAAUUGUGUUCUUAACAUCUUUUAUGAGGGAAUGAAUGCUUAUCACACGAAGCAUCGCUAAUGAUGUAAUUUAAUUUACAGCGACAGUAAUAUUAAAGGAAUAUUCUGGGUUCAGUACAAGUUAAGGUCAAUCAACAGCAUUUUGUGGCAUAAUAUUGGUCAACAAAAAAUUCUUUUGAGUUGCCCCUUUUCUUAAAAAAAGCAAAGAUCGAGGUUACAUUGAGGCACUAUAAUGGAAGUGAAUGGCGGCCAAUCUGUAAACGUUAAAAUGUUCACUGUUUCAAAAGUACAGCCAUAAGACAUAAACGAUAUGCAUGUUAACAUGAUUUAAGUGUGAUAAAAUUGCUUUUACAACUUCGUUGCCAUGAUGAUGAUGUAGUCAACAAACCCUAAAACACAAAACAACUUUUAACAACUUUACAGCUCAAAAAAAUGCAGAAGUUUUAACAGAAGAAUUAACGCAAAUGAUUUUAUAAAAUUAUAAGUUUCACAUAUCUGUCUUAAACCCUCCAAAAUUGGCCCAUUCACUUCCACUGUAAGUGUCUUAAUGUAACCUAAAUUUUUGCUUUUUUAAAGAAAAGGAGGGACGAGUCAAAAUAUUUUUUGUGAUAAUCAACAUUGUAACGAAUGCUGUCGAUUGAGCUUAACUUGUAAUGAACCCAGACUAUUCCUUUAAAGUAUGAAUUGCACAUUAAUGACUUUAAAACAUACCAUAUACCAUAUAGUUUAUUGCAGUUAGUGCAAAAUUAUCUAAAAACAAAUAUAUGCAUAAGUUGUUUAAGAGUGUAAGGAGACUGAAUCAAUUAAUUUUGUUAUUUUAAUUCAAUUGUUUUGCUACCGCUGCUUUCCAUUUCCAUGGAUUGUAACAGUGAUUUAUCUAAUUGGUUAAUCCCACUUCAGGAUUAUGGGUAGUGUAGUACUUCAAAGAAUUCAUUAAAGAUUAUGUUGAAAUCACACGGAUCUAUGGAUAUCAAAGAGGCUCAGUGCUCAUGGUUGGUCUGUCUUGAAAGUUUUAUACAUUAUUGCAAAAAAUGUUUAUCUGUGAAGAAAAUUAAUCAGAUUUUUAAUUCUGAAACCCUACUUUUGUGCUCUAUUAUGCUUGUCUGGUACAGGACAUUUUGUUGGUGUUGGGAAGGCCACCCAUGUUUUUGAUGUGUGUAAUUAUAAUAAUUAAUGUAGCUUUCCGUUUAUCAAUCUUCCUGUUUGCGCAAUGCUAGGACUUUUAAAAAGUCAAAUUCUACAUUAACAUAUUUAUACUGAAAUGUAUGUAUACAAAGUGUGUACAGUAUAUGGUAUUGUCGGGUUGUGCAUAUAACCAUUUUAAAGAAUGCAAAUAGCUUUUGAUUAACUCAUAGUAUAUUAAAACAUUAUUUGUAGCUAUAUGUAAAAGUUUCAUACUGUUGGCUUUUAACGCUUCUCCAAGAUUGCAACAUUUUUAAUGUUUCGAAAGUUUGCCAUGACAUCGCAUCAAAAUGACACUUUACCAUGUAACUCUGACAGCACCAUGAAUAUUUUAUUAAUGUAAGUUCUUGCACGCACACGAUCAA